AUGUUUGUGACUUCAGCGGUUCCUCAGGCAUUUUCCACGCCAGGCUGGCAGAUUGAGAAGAAGUACUCAACAAGAGUGCUUGUGGGAAACUGGGUGGAAGAAAGCAGGAAGUUCACCAAAGCCACUGACCACACACCCCAGUGCAUUUACAGAAAGGAAUAUGUCCCCUUCCCAGGUCACAGACCAGACAAUAUUUCCAGGUGGUAUGGGAAAAGGAGAGUGGAGGGUCUCCCAUACAAGCAUCUGAUCACUCACCACCAGGAGCCUUCGCAUCGUUAUCUGAUCAGCACCUAUGAUGACCACUACAACCGUCACAACUACAACCCGGGCGUGCCUGCCCUGCGUUCCUGGAAUGGACAAAAGUUGCUGUGGCUGCCAGAGAAGUCCGACUUUCCCCUUGUUGCGCCCCCCACAAACUACGGACUGUUUGAGCAACUGAAGCAAAAGUGGCUCGCGCCCAAGACUGGUCUGAGGGAAAGCAUUUAUACCACAUCCUACCCCAGUCUGCCAGUGUGCGCUAUGUCCAGGAGGGAGCAUGCCAUCCCGGUCCCUCCCCCUCGGCUGCACCCCAUCCCACGCUUCUGA